UUUUGGCUCAGUUCUACUCCCAUCCAUAUAGCGAAUAUGAUUCUUGAUGGCGCUGCUUCUUGUGCCGCUGCUUGCGCUGCUUUCAGAGGCAGUGCUCCAAGAUGAAGACUGCCUCAGCUUGGCAACGCUCCGCGGCACGCCUGGGGCCAAUGUGCAACAGCUCGGGCCAAAGCUCCACCAGCGUCCUGUUGUGAACAAGGCCUGUCCACACUGCUGCUACCACGGGGAGAAUGAGGUGCCAUGCCUUGAUGUGGAGCAAUGCGCGGAGAAGGGUCCGACCAACGGCAGGUAUGCGAUUGUCAUGACUUACGUGGGCCAGCCUCACGACAAGAUGCUGCCGUACAUUCGGUCCAUGCAAGCGGCAGCUGCAAUGGCCAACAAUGCAGACAUUGUAAUGGCUAUGCGGAAGUCCGACAGCGAGCAAAUGACGCAGAACCAGAAAGAGCUCUUCCGGAAUCACAGCAUCAAGCUGUUGGACGUGGACUGGGACACGCCUCCGAAAAUGAAGGCCUACCAGGAGGGCGCGUGGUGCGGGCACCAGGACUUCAUCCGACUCCACGUGCUGGGCAUGGAGGGCUAUGAUGCAGUGGCCUACUACGACACGGACGUUGAGUUCCAGGGAGACAUUACCCCCGUGCUUCGUUGCGCUGCCUCCGGCAAAUUCCUGACUACCAACGGGGGCCUUGGGGAGCUGCUGAACGUCGGCUUCUUCGCCCUUCGCCCGGACAAGCGCCUUUUCCAGGCUGCAGUGAACUUCGCUCUGCACGCGAACUUCUCCAUGAACACCAGCUGGGGUGAGAUGGGCUGGACGCCUGCGGGUGGAUACUUCGUCGGGGGGGAGUGUGGCCAAGGCUUUUGGUACGCGCUCUUCUACAAAUUUGGGGGCUCGGCGCAACAAGCGCUCCAGUCUGCGGGCCUCUCCGUGGUAGACUCUGCCCAGAUUGAUCGUUGUAUGUGGAACUACCAGACCAGCUUCCAGUGCAAAGAGCAUUUGGACUGCAGCCGUGUGCGCGUCCACCACAAGCCGGCGAUCAAAACCGAGUGGAAGGAAUGUCAGAAGCUGGAGCCAUCCGUGAGGUAACACCAGAUCCCUGGUGUGCGCUGGCAACCAUUGGCAUGCUCGCCAAUCGGAAA